AUGGUUCCCAAAAAUGUCUUGGCUAAGACGGCUGCUCGAAUAAAGUGUCAAAAGUUUCCUUUUAGCACCAAAAACGCCAAAGAAACAAUCGCUGCGACAUCUCACGAUGUAUCAACGAAGCAGCAACUAUUCAUAACUGAUCCCAUAUCACCUGGCUCAAUCUUUUUCCUUCCUAACGGUACGAGAAUCGUCAACAAAUUGGUCAAUUUCAUGAAGCUCCAGCAGCAGUACAAAUAUGGUUUCCAGGAAGUCAUCACGCCUUUGAUCUACCGUAAAUCUCUGUGGGAACAAUCUGGACAUUGGGAAAACUAUAAAGAUGACAUGUUUCGGGUCGAAGGUAAUGACUUAGAAAAAGAACAGUACGGGCUAAAGCCAAUGAAUUGUCCAGGACAUUGUGUGAUCUUUGGCAGAAGUAGCAGGUCCUACAAUGAUCUACCACUUCGUUUUUCCGACUAUUCGCCUCUGCACCGAAACGAAGCAUCUGGGGCCCUCACAGGCUUAACCAGAGUAAGAAAAUUUCAUCAGGAUGAUGGCCAUAUUUUUUGUACUUCUGACCAAGUCAGGAAUGAAAUUAAAAGUUGCAUAGAAUUGAUAGAUCUUUGUUAUGGGAAAGUUUUCCCACUGGGCCAAAAUGGUACCCCAACAGAAUAUGAAUUGCGCCUAUCAACCAGGCCUGACAAAUCCAUUGGGUCCCUUGACGAUUGGAAUCAUGCUGAAACGGUUUUAAAAGAUAUAAUCGUGGAAUCUGGGAAAAAAUGGUCUUUGAAUGAAGGUGAUGGGGCCUUUUACGGGCCCAAGAUAGAUAUAAUAUUGAAUGAUCAUGCUGGAAAGUCUCAUCAGGUCGCCACUAUACAGCUGGACUUUCAACUUCCAGAGAGAUUUGAUCUAAAGUACAAGGACAAAGACAACAAAUUCAAAAGGCCAAUAAUGAUUCAUAGAGCUGUAUUUGGGUCCAUUGAAAGGUUUUUGGCACUUCUUAUUGAUUCUAACCAAGGAAAAUGGCCUUUUUGGUUAAAUCCAUAUCAAUGCAUGAUAAUUCCUCUAAACACGAAGGACCCAGAACUGGUACAAGCUUCUAAGACGCUCCAAAAAGUUUUGAGAGCUGAGUCAGAUCGUGAUCAAAGUCCCGUGCCGCUACAUUCAAUGCAUUUUAACGUAGAUGUGGAUUGCCGCGCAGAGCCAGUUAAUUAUAGGAUCAAAGAUGCAAUAACGAAACAGUACUCCUAUCUGAUCAUGGUCGGCGCUAAAGAAAUUGAAAGUGGCAGAUUUGCUAUCAGGUCUCGCGAGUCUCGUGAAGUGAAGCAUUCGACCACCAAGGAGAUUGUGAAAAUAUUCUCCGAUCUGGAGAAGAACUACCAAUAG